AUGUGGCUGCUCAGCACUGACCGCGCCGAGCUGCACUUCUUCGCCCAGCCCUCCUCUGUACCAGGUGGCUACGCUAUUCUCUCCCACACCUGGAGCCAGAGCCGCGACACCCCCGAACAGUCCUUUCAGGACCUGCAAGGCAUCAUCGCUCGAUGCAAUGCCGACAGCAAGAACCCACGCGACCACGUCUCACCCAAGAUCCGUGAAUGCUGCAAGCUCGCAGAGAAGAACAGGUACCUCUGGGUCUGGGUCGACACCUGCUGCAUCAACAAGGAGAGCAGCACCGAGCUCUCUGAGGCGAUCAACUCCAUGUUCAGCUGGUAUGUCCUCUCCGAAGUCUGCUACGCGCACCUCGAGGACGUCAGCUCGGACGACACGCCCGAAGGGGAGGAUUCCGAGUUCCGCCAUGCACGGUGGCACCUGCGCGGGUGGACGCUGCAAGAGCUCCUCGCGCCCGCGUUCGUGGUGUUCAUGUCGCGGGACUGGAAGGUGAUCGGGACCAAGCACGAGCUCGCGGAGACCCUCGGGCAGAUCACGGGCAUCUACCGGACGCACCUCACGCGCGAGAAGGCGUUCCUCAGCGCCUCGAUCGCGGAGAAGAUGUCGUGGGCGGCGAAGCGGAAGACGACGCGGACGGAGGACGAGGCGUACUGCUUGCUCGGGCUCUUCAACAUCAGCCUCCCCACCUUAUACGGCGAGGGCCGCCAGGCUUUCUUCCGCCUCCAGGUGGAGCUCGCGCGGCUCUCGUUCGACACGACGCUGUUCGCGUGGGGCGGCGUGCACGACUCGGGCGACGACAAGUACCCGCAGGAGCCGUUGGAGGAGAUAUGGUCGGGCUUCCACGAUGUGACGCACUACUCGCGGUACCUCUUCGCGCCUUCGACUUCAGACUUCACGGUGUCGACCCCGUACUACACCCCGAGGCUCAACGCGACGGCGGUUCUUCAACCGUACAUGUCGUGGCAGUGGACCGAGGAUCACGAGAAGGUCAUCGACGUGGCCAACAAGACAACCGGACCUUUCGGCAGCCUCGAGCUCCCCUCGUUCAAGUUGACGAGUCAUGGCAUGAAGUGCCACUUUCCAGUCGCCGAGGUCGACGGGAUCACGAUCAUGGUGCUUUUGGUCGAGACCGAUGACAAACACCUCGGCAUGAUCCUGCACCCGGCAAAAGCCGACGAGGUCCAAGACCCGAGCCAGCAACUGUUCUAUGUCACCUGGGCGUUCAAGACCACCGAAUCGUACUCCAACUGUCGACUCGCAGAGCUCGGUGGGGACCUCUACAACCUCAACUUCCGCGGCAAGGACAUCAAGCCCGUCUGGCGCGACAUCUACAUCCACGCCGGGCCGCGCACGGAGGACCGCACGGACCCCCCGCACCUCGUCCUGCGCCUGAUGCACGACCGGAUCCCCGCGCCGUUCCGCGUCCCCCGCUGGCUCGUCGGCGCGUUCGCGUCGAUGCAUUUCCUGCCGAACAGCGGGACGUCGACGAUCGACGAGGGCGCGUCGUUCGAGAUGUGGCUCCAGUUCGUCAACACGCAGAUCUCGGAGCGGAUGUGGGUCAAGAUGGGCCUCUGCAAGCAGGCGUCGACGGACGACGAGCCGGUGCACUGGGCGUGGGGGACGACGGUCGGGAUCGCGGCGUGGAACGACGCCUGGGACAAGCCGCACGACUGCGCGACGGACCACGUGGACGAGUGGGAGGGCAAGUGGCGCUCGUUCGGGGACGAGGAGCGGACGAUCAGGCUCUCCUUCACUCAGGACGGCCACAACAAGCGGACGCGGGUCCUCCACAUGGAGCUCGACGGGACCAAGUACAACGAGCUCCAGAAGCAGGCCAACGUCUCCAUCUGCGACAUGUCCUACGAGGCGCUGCUCGCAAAGAGGGAGGGCUUGCGCGCGAUGCAGGUCCAGUGGCUCGCCCCCAGCGGACAUGCCCCUACGCCUGCGUACGCCCCGACUAGCGAUGGCGCCUAUGUGACGGAUCCGUCGUCAGCCGCAGCAAGGCCCGCCGAGCCUCCAUCGUUGGCAUCACGCAUGGGCAUCGCGGGUUUGACUUUGAAGCGUCUCGGGCGAGCCAAACCCCUCACCGCCCAGUUACACGACACACAUUUGCGCUAG